AUGUCUGACAAGUCUCAAUCUAACUUCGCUGUCGAUUUCUUAAUGGGUGGUGUUUCCGCUGCCGUUGCUAAGACUGCUGCCUCUCCAAUUGAAAGAGUUAAGCUAUUAAUCCAAAACCAAGAUGAAAUGAUCAAACAAGGUUCUUUAGAUACAAGAUACAAGGGUAUCGUCGACUGUUUUAAGAGAACUGCUCAACAAGAAGGUAUUAUUUCCUUUUGGAGAGGUAACACCGCCAACGUUAUCAGAUACUUCCCAACUCAAGCCUUGAACUUCGCCUUCAAGGACAAAAUCAAGGCCAUGUUCGGGUUCAAGAAGGAAGAGGGUUAUGCAAAAUGGUUCGCUGGUAACCUGGCUUCUGGUGGUGCCGCUGGUGCUUUGUCUUUGCUGUUCGUCUACUCCCUAGAUUAUGCUAGAACUAGAUUGGCUGCCGAUGCUAAAUCUUCCAAGAAGGGUGGUGAAAGACAAUUUAAUGGUUUAGUUGAUGUUUACAGAAAAACUUUGAAGUCUGAUGGUAUUUCUGGUUUAUACAGAGGUUUUAUGCCAUCUGUCGCUGGUAUCAUUGUUUACAGAGGUUUAUACUUCGGUAUGUACGACUCCUUGAAACCAUUGGUCUUAACCGGUUCCUUAGAUGGUUCCUUCCUUGCCUCCUUCUUAUUAGGUUGGGUUGUUACUACUGGUGCUUCUACUUGCUCUUAUCCAUUAGAUACCGUUAGAAGAAGAAUGAUGAUGACUUCUGGUCAAGCUGUUAAGUAUAAUGGUGCUUUUGACUGUCUAAAAAAGAUUGUUGCUGCUGAAGGUGUUUCCUCCUUGUUCAAGGGUUGUGGUGCUAACAUCUUAAGAGGUGUUGCUGGUGCUGGUGUUAUUUCCAUGUAUGAUCAAUUACAAAUGUUAUUGUUCGGUAAGAAAUUUAAAUAA